AAGUCGCAUUUCAGAAAGGAAGGAGUUUAUUUAACUAUUUAAUACAUGGUAAGUAUGAGUUUUACUUACUUGGAGGUGGUUUGCUCUCUGUUCCACGCUGCCUUCACUGGAAGGAUGCGGGGUUUUUUGUGAUUUUUUUUUUAUUAUUUUUUUUUUCCUUGAGGAAAAGAUCCCGUGGAAUUCAUUUAAGAGCUCCUAAUCAUGCUUAUAAAAUGCUGGAAGGAGCAGGUAUAAGCAAUAUGGGUGCUCUUUGCCUCAGCAGCUGUCUUAAAGGUUUUUUUCAGUGCAAUAGAUCCUUGAUCCAGAUACUCGGAGGUUUUUAAUGUUAAUCAGAGCACUAAGAACAAUGCUGCUUCUCUCAGUCUCCAGGUUUUAUUUUUCUUUUUUAACACUUCAAGCUUUUAAAGGAUAGAAGGGGGGGCUAUUGCUGUAUCAAGUGUUCUAUCCUGUGACUUUGGAGAUUGUAAUUGAGUUGCUCAGUAUAUUUUUAGGACAUGUUUCUCCUUUUUCAGUGUGAGUUUCUUAUUUGCUGUGCAAACUGUGGAUGGAUUAUAUAUUGUUCAUGUGGAUGGCUGCUCUGUAUUUGAGACUGACAAUGUUAUUAGAUGCCUAAUAAAGUUACAUCAAAAGCUCCACUGUUACUGGGGAGGGAGUCAAUGAGAAAACAUUCUAGAUGUAAAGACAUACUGUGUAACACUGUAAAUCAGCUCAAGUCACUUAUCUUGUUGGAACCUCAAAUUUUGGAAGUGGAGAACAUUCACUUAAAAUAUAUUUUCAGUCAUUAUUUGGACGAUAGAGCCAUAAAUGAAAGAGACCAUCAUGACCGGAGAUAUGUUGAGGAAUACAGAAAUGACUUCUGUGAAGUAUAUGACCACAGGCAUUAUCACAGAGACUAUGAAAAGAGUCACCAUCACCACUAUAGCAAAUCCUCUGGUCGGAGCAGGAAAAGUAGUCAUAAAAGGAAGCAUAAGAGGCAUCAUUGCUCCAGUCACCAAUCGCAUUCGAAGAGUCACCGAAGGAAAAGAUCCAGGAGUGUAGAGGAUGAUGAGGAGGGUCACCUGAUCUGUGAAAGUGGAGACGUUCUAAGAGCAAGAUAUGAAAUUGUUGCUACUUUAGGAGAAGGAGCUUUUGGAAAAGUAGUGGAGUGCAUAGAUCAUGAUAUGAGAGGAAUGCAUGUAGCAGUUAAAAUUGUGAAAAAUGUUGGUAGAUACCGAGAAGCAGCUCGUUCAGAAAUACAGGUGUUGGAACACUUAAACACCAUGGAUCCAAGCAGCACUUUCCGCUGUGUCCAGAUGCUGGAAUGGUUUGAUCAUCAUGGCCACGUUUGCAUUGUUUUUGAGCUGCUGGGACUCAGUACUUAUGAUUUUAUUAAGGAAAACAGCUUUCUGCCAUUUCAUAUUAAUGACAUUAGAAACAUGGCUUAUCAAAUUUGCCAGUCCAUAAACUUUUUACACCACAAUAAACUAACUCAUACAGAUUUAAAGCCUGAAAAUAUCUUGUUUGUGGAGUCUGAUUAUAUUGUGAAGUACAAUGCCAAAAUGAAGCGAGAUGAACGCACUUUAAAAAACACAGACAUCAAAGUUGUUGAUUUUGGAAGUGCAACAUUUGACGAUGAGCAUCACAGUACAUUAGUGUCUACAAGACAUUAUAGAGCUCCUGAGGUUAUUUUAGCACUGGGAUGGUCACAACCUUGUGAUGUUUGGAGCAUUGGUUGUAUUCUGAUUGAGUAUUACCUGGGAUUUACAGUGUUUCAGACACAUGACAGUAAAGAACACUUGGCAAUGAUGGAAAGAAUACUGGGGCCUCUGCCAACUCACAUGAUCAAGAAAUCCAGAAAGCAUUAUUUCCACCAUGACCAACUGGACUGGGAUGAGCACAGUUCUGCAGGACGAUACGUUAGGAGACGCUGUAAGCCUUUAAAGGAAUUCAUGCAUUGCCAAGACAGAGAUCAUCAAAGUCUGUUUGACCUGGUUCGCAGGAUGCUGGAAUAUGAUCCAGCCAAAAGAAUUACUCUUGAUGAAGCCUUGCAGCAUCCUUUUUUUGAACCAUUAAAUAAAUAAAUACAUAUAAAGGUCUUUUAUGCUUCUCCAAGGAGAUAUCCUAGACUGUGUCAGUCAACAGAGGUUGCAUGAAACUUUUGUAAACGUUAAAUUAUUUUGUACAGUUAAGUCUGUAAAUACUUACAUAUGUUUUGUAUAACUGUUAUGUUUACCUUGUCGAACAGUUGUAGUCUUAUGGGUAUCAAAGUGAAAAAUAAAAGUAAUUUUCAUAUUUGAAAA